CCCAAAAUAACUAUAAGGGCUAAAAAGAAUGGGCAGACAUUAAGUUACAUAGAUUAUUCAUACAGUUAUCGGUCGGUAACACACUUACACACACACUCACAAAUAUAAAGAUACAAACAGAAUGGGAACUUACAGCGGAACAGAAUAUAUCCUUAUGAAUCACUGAGUCAGCGUCGCUCUUUUGCUCAUGUCAACAAUAAUAAGGAUUCCAAGUAUAGGUGAACAAUAAAAGGGGCUGACCCAUUUAUAAACUAGAAAAGUUCUUCUGAUUAACGAAUUUCUUGAAAAAAGGAGCCAGUUUAAGGUGUUAAAAGAGACAGUGCGGUUGAAUGACAAUCUGUCAGCAUAUUAAAUGAUGCUCGAAGCUCUCCUCUGAAGUUUCAGGACUCUAUCAACAAUGAUCGACGUUUUCCGAACUUUAAUCUAACUAUCCCAUAGAGUAUUACCAUACAUUUUAAAACAUAGCUUUAGUUACACCAGUGAAAUAGAUUUCUUUCUGAAGUUGCUUGGACUAACAUGCUACAAGAGUACGAGUCACGGUCUUUUUAUCUUUAGUUAAUAGAAACAGGAAAUUGUUUUUCUUCCUUUAAAAUAGAAGUGCCAUGUGAGCUGUCAAUUAAAUGGACUUAGUCUUAAUAACCUGCCGUCAAAGCUGCCACAAAAUAAUUUACUCUGGUGUGUCUUUAUAGCAGGCUGUUUUCCUUACUUUAUGCUAAAUAGAUAUAGCCAGCUUGUUCGCUAAGCGAUGCCCAUUUUAUUAGAAGGGCUUGUUCGCAUCUUUUGCCGAUUGAUGAAUACAUACAUCAGUCCAUUUGUUCUUCGUAAAGGCCCACGACAAAAUGUUGCUGAUUUCAAGGCACUAUUUCUUUAACUCCCGUAGAACUGUCAGCCAGACUUAACAGAGGAAAGUUUCCUAUUCUAAUCUACGUAAAGGAAAGCCUUUUUAUAUACAUAUCUAUAAAAAAAAGAAAAGAAAGAAAAGAAAGAAAGAAACUCCAUGAAAUUAAUUCACGGGCGGGUCCAUCUCAGUAAAACGGUUUCUGCCACUGAAUAUGGACCAUUUAGCUUCCCUUCAUAAUUAUGCGUCAGUUUGCCAUAUUUUAGGCGUAAACUUUUAGUCUAAACCUUAACAAUUACCAUGAAUCCAGGCGUAAAAAACCUUGCCGCAUUUCCAUUGAAAAGCACAUUUAUCAAGCUAUGACAUUUGAUGCCCGCCUCUUAGGUUAAUUUAAACUACCUCUUUUCAUUUCUUUCAUUUCCACCAAUAAGAUUGAUUUUUCGACCGGUUUAAACCUGGAAUUAUAAUUAGAUUCGCUAUUAUUCAUAUCAAAAAAGGUACCGACAGGCUGCGAAAAGCUCAUUCGGACCGCCAAAAGCAAAAACCCACUGAGCCAUAUCAGGUUGGCCUCUUUCAUAGUGACUGAAGAAACUUUUUAAUUUUAGUUUACAAAAUGAACGGAAGCAACGUCAGUGUGUCUUAUCUCAUCACUUCUCAAGACAAAGUAUUUGCCUCAUUGUACUCGUUUAUCGUGUUUUUCGGAGUCGUGGGAAACAGCAUUGUAAUCACCAUCGUGCGCAAAACGCCAUCAAUGCACACAACAACAAACUAUCUGCUGAUGAACUUAGCUGUGGCGGAUUUCUUAACGUUGUUAUUGUGCCCGGGCCUGUACGACUUUGCUUUGCAUAAUAUUCGAUUGAGCACCACGUCAGGGGACAUCUUCUGCAAGAUCCUAGCUGGAAACGCGAUCGUUUGCAUUUCGUUCGACGCGUCGGUGCUGACCCUGUGCGUCAUUGCAGUCGAGCGCUACAUUGGCAUUGUUAAACCGUUCAACCGCACCGGGCAUCUCACAAGAAAAACACUUUGCUUAGCUAUUACCGCUAUUUGGCUGAUGGCGAUUAUUUCAAGUUUUCCAGAUACUUUAUGGACGGAGUACAAUAGCGAGAAAGCUCUUUCCACGUUGAAGUACCCAUGCAUCCGUCCAUGGACUGUAGAGCACCAGCCGUCGAAGGCUAGAAGUUACAUCAUAAACCAUUCUAUCCUUCUAAUCGUCCUUCCUUCCAUUUUAAUUUCGUUUUGUUAUAUUUCUAUUUUCGCUGAGAUGAAGUCGCGUUCAAGUGAACCGGAAGAGAACGAAGAUAGCAAAAGGGACAUGAAGAGGCUUUUGAGACUUUUAGUUUUGUUAGCAGUAGCAUUUUGCAUAUUUUGCCUGCCUUUUGCAGGCUUCUUUUUUUAUGUUGCCGCACUCGGUCCUGACCAGGUUAAACAGCGCUUCACAUCUUUGUUUCUUGUUCAUAGAAUUGUUCGGUUUCUAAUAUUUUCUAACUCAUUUAUUAAUCCAAUUUUAUACGCUGCACAAAGCACUAAUUAUAGAGAGGUGCUGCGGCAAAAACUCUGUUGUAAAACUAACACGUACUCAGGCAAAACAGGAAGAAAUGUAGCCCGUGCAGGGACCCCCAAGAUGUCCAAGGUGGAACAGGAACAUGCUGUGUGACAACACAAUACUCACGCAGCUGUGUGCUAAAUAUAACCUACAUGGUUAAAAAGUUCAUAUAAUUGACAGAACAUUCAUUCAAACGAAAAACUGAAACUAUUAAAUUUUCAAGUCGUCACGCAGAAAAAGCUUUUAGUUUACCAGAGUGGCCCAUUCAGCAGAGAGGCCGGUGUCCAUAGGCAUCCUGGGAAAUAAAGAUAUCUACAAUUCAUAAAAUCUUAAGUACAAUUUUUAAAAAAUAAAAUUAGUGUAAAAAUUAUAAAAACU